AGCUACUGCGAUGGCCGAACCCCUUCGUCCGAAAUUCCUGGAAGUCUGCGUAAACACGGGAGAGUUCGAAAAACGGCUGACCGAAGUCAACAUGUUGGCCGUGAACAGCGACACCAAGUUAUUCCAAGACAUCAAAGAGGAAUACCAGAGCGUUCGCAGUUUCCGCGCCAGAUAUUUCCUCCUGAAGCCCGUGGACGUCCACUUUGUGCGGUUCAGUCUCGAGAACGGGUACCGUGUAGGCAUCCACGACAAGCCUCAGUCUAUACCUGACCAGAGGGAAAUGAAAGACCACGGCUAUGGUUAUGACCCAUGUCCGAUGAUGCCGAUGCCACCUGUUCCAGCCAACAUCUUUUUGCAUCACCUGCUUAAGCCCGAGGGACACCCCAGACGCGUCUGGUGUGGGCGACUGCCCCAGAAACUGGACAGGAGCAUUCACCAGUCCACGAGAGACGGAGACACCUUGGCUUUUGGCUGGGGUGUACACAUCAUCGAGGGACCCCACAAGUUCAAUAUCCUCCUGACGAUGCUCAUCAUUCUGUUGAGUACUACGGUUGUUUCCGUAACAUGGGCGGGUGUCCGAGAGGAUGUGCAGGGCGGGUUUGGCAUCGGCGCAUUUCUCAUCGGAGCCCAGACUUUGAUUCUCAUGAUGGUCCUCGCUAAAUGGGCCGAGACAUGA